UUCUUCCCUUCCCUUCCAUAGGACCUCUGACGUCAUGAGCUUUGUGACAUCACAGCCAUGGGCCUGCCCCUCAUUCAGGUCACUAGAGAGUUCCCUUGCCAGGCAAGAGAGUGUAAAAGAAGAGGGGAGUCCCUGCUCCUGAAGACCCCCCCAAGGUCCUGUGUCCUCCCCAGGUCUCUCACAUCUGUACAGGCCGAAGAUUCAGAAGAAAAAGCAAGUUGUGGCGGAUGAUUUGGAGCUAAUUUUCCAACUUUAAAGCCAGUCUGGUUUUGUUACUAGCCGUGGGCCAUCACCCUCCCUCUCUGUGCUCUGCCCUUCUCUUUAGAAAAUUAGGAGAGCCCUCAGCCUAUUCCCAGGUUCCGCAUCUGUCUCCCGGGUGACUCGAAUUCAGUAACAAGCAUUUCCAAUCAGAAGAGAAAUAGAAACCACCCUAUUAGAAAAUAACACAAAAGGUGAUGUGUCCUCAGUCCUGCCUCAUCAUUCCUGAAGAGAGUCCCCAGAUUUCUCUGUCCACCACCUCGGCUCAGCUCCUGCUGUUCCAGUUCUGGGGUCUCCCCUGACUGGGGCUCCACAAAGCUGGGAAGGAAGAGAAGUUUCACUGAGGACGUGGCCUGGAAGCCUCCGGGAGGCUGGCUGCAAGGUUGAGAACAGAGACAACCACAAAGACCGCAAUGCAGACAAGCAGUGCUCAGGGCUUGGAGCCCAUCUGCGGAAGGACAACCAAUAGUCACUGAACUCUUAUGCUCAGGCUUUACAGACACAUGAGACAGUACAAUUAUUGGCCCCGUUCUACAGUUUGGAAGACUGAGGCCUGGGAAGCUCACUUAACUGAUCUGUAAGGGGCCAAGAGUCAGAGUUCAAACCAGAACCUGCCUGAUUGUCAAGCUGGAGGGCUUUUACUUUUCUACUUUCCUGUAUCCCAACCCCGCCUCCUCCUCUGUGGACUCCUAGACCGGCUCCUUUUACCACAUUCCCUAACCUGCCAGUGCCUGAAAGAAGACGAUAUGGGGUCUCCUCCACCUAAGGCAGAGGGGCCCAGGGUCCAACUCCAGAAACUUCUGGCCUCCUGGCUGCUCAGAGAGCAGGACUGGGAUCAGCAUCUGGACGAGGCCCACAUGCUGCAACAGAAGAGGAUCCGAGAGUCUCCACUGCUUCAGGCAGCCAAGGAAAAUGACCUGUGUGCCCUCAAGAAACUUCUGCUGGACCGAAGCUGUGAUUUCCGACAGAGAGGAGCCUUGGGGGAGACCGCGCUGCAUAUAGCGGCCCUCUAUGACAAUCUCGAGGCCGCCGUGGUGCUGAUAGAGGCUGCCCCGGAACUGGUCAAGGAGCCCACCUUGUGUGAGCCAUUUGUAGGUCAGACCGCCCUGCACAUAGCCAUCGUGAACCAGAACGUGAACUUGGUGAGAGCCCUGCUUGCCCACGGGGCCAGCGUGUCUGCGAGAGCCACAGGCAUGGCGUUCCGCCACAGCCCCCGCAACCUCAUCUACUUUGGGGAGCACCCCUUGUCCUUUGCUGCCUGCGUGGGCAGUGAGGAGAUGGUGAGGCUGCUCAUUGAGCAUGGAGCUGACAUCCGGGCCCAGGACUCCCUGGGAAACACCGUGUUGCACAUCCUCGUCCUGCAGCCCAACAAGACCUUUGCCUGCCAGAUGUACAACCUGCUGCUGUCCUACGAUGGGCGCAGGGACCACCUGCAGUCCCUGGACCUCGUGCCCAAUCACCAGGGUCUCACCCCCUUCAAGCUGGCCGGAGUGGAGGGCAACACCGUGAUGUUUCAGCACCUGAUGCAGAAGCGGAAGCACAUCCAGUGGACCUACGGGCCGCUGACCUCCACUCUCUACGACCUCACCGAGAUCGACUCCUGGGGGGAGGACAUGUCCUUUCUAGAGCUGGUGAUUUCCUCCAAGAAGCGAGAGGCUCGCCAGAUCCUGGACCAGACCCCAGUGAAAGAGCUGGUGAGCCUCAAGUGGAAGAGAUACGGACAGCGGUACUUUCACAUUCUGGGUGCCUUGUACAUGCUCUAUAUGAUCUGUUUCACCGCCUGCUGCAUCUACCGCCCCCUCAAGUUCCGCUUGGGCAACCGCACAGAUCCCCGGGACAACACAGUCCUCCAGCAGAAACUGCUGCAGGAGGCCUAUGUGACUCAGCAGGAUAAGAUCCGUCUGGUGGGGGAACUGGUGACCAUCAUGGGGGCUGUGAUCAUCCUGCUCCUGGAGAUCCCGGACAUCUUCAGGGUUGGUGCUUCUCGCUAUUUUGGACAGACUAUCCUCGGGGGACCGUUCCAUGUCAUCAUCAUCACCUAUGCCUGCAUGGUGCUGGUGACCAUGGUGAUGCGGCUCUCCAACAUGAACGGGGAGAUGGUGCCCAUGUCCAUUGCCCUGGUGCUGGGUUGGUGCAGUGUUAUGUACUUCGCUCGAGGAUUCCAGAUGCUUGGUCCCUUCACCAUCAUGAUACAGAAGAUGAUUUUUGGAGACUUAAUGCGCUUCUGCUGGCUGAUGGCUGUGGUUAUUCUGGGAUUUGCCUCAGCGUUCUAUGUCAUUUUCCAGACAGAGGACCCAUCCAACCUGGGGCAAUUCUAUGACUAUCCCAUGGCACUGUUCAGCACCUUUGAGCUUUUCCUCACCGUCAUUGAUGGGCCUGCCAACUACGAAGUGAACUUGCCCUUCAUGUUUGGCAUUGUCUACUUUGCCUUCACCAUCAUUGCCACGCUGCUCAUGCUCAACCUGUUCAUCGCCAUGAUGGGUGAUACACACUGGCGGGUGGCCCAUGAGCGGGAUGAGCUCUGGAGGGCCCAGGUGGUGGCCACCACAGUGAUGCUGGAGCGGAAGCUGCCUCGCUUCCUGUGGCCUCGCUCUGGGAUCUGCGGAUGCCAGUAUGGGCUGGGGGACCGCUGGUUCCUGCGAGUUGAGAACCACCAUGAUCAAAAUCCUUUGCGAGUGCUUCGCUACGUGGAAGCUUUCAAGGGCUCAGACAAGGAGGAUGGACAAGAGCAGCUUUCUGAGAAACAGCCCUCUGUUUCUGUGAUCGAAAGUGGGACGCCAGCCAGAGCCUCUCUGGCCCCUCCAACGCCUUCCCUAUCCCGGACCACAUCUCACAGCAGCAGCAGCCACCGGGGCUGGGAGAUCCUGCGUCGCAACACAUUAGGACACUUUAAUCUUGGGCUGGACCUUGGUGAGGGAGAUGGAGAGGAAAAUAUCUAUCAUUUAUGAUGAGGACCCCUGUUUCUAUUGGCCUGAAAAACAGGUGGGCCUAAAUGGAGGGAAGUAUCUGAUUGUUUUGCCUGUUAAUCAUGAGAGGGGAUAGGCAGAAUAAUUCUUAAAGGUCACGUCUCAUCCUUCACAUCAGCAUUUCUGGAGAUGGGCAAUGGAUGUCUGUUGUCCCACAUAUCUUCCGGUUUCCUGAAAGUCCCACAUCUUGAGAAAAGAAGGUGUCUCUUAGAGCAAAGUUGGAUUUAGCCAUCAAAGGCAUGAACUAGGGAUGCUAGACUAACAUCUGGAUCAUCUUUCUUUCUGCCUCAUGCAGGCACUAGAAAGUAGUGAGCUGUGAAGCCUGCUUGGUUCCACAAGGCUUAAUGUGGGAAGAUCCAGGCAUGGCACUGAGGUUAUGGCCCUUCCCUUUUCCCCUGUAGGACUCUCUCUCACCCCGCAACCAACCCCCAACUAGAAAACUGCAAUAAGAAAGGUUCUUUAUCCUUGCUUUAUUUUUCAGAAAUUUUAUUGUGGGAAGAUACACAUCACAUAAAUUUACUGUCUUAACCAUAUGUAGGUAUACAAUUCAGUGGCAUUAGGUACAUUUACACUGUUGCAUAAUGAUAACUACUAUUCAUCCACAGGAUGCUCUCAUCAUCUCAAACCAAAACUCUGGUACUCAUUAAACAUUAACUCCCCACUGUCCCCUCCACACAGUCCCUCAUAACCAAUAUUCCACUCCACGUCUAUGAAUUUGACUACUCUAGGUACCUCAUACAGGUGGAAUCAUUCAAUAUUAAUCCUAUUGUGUCUGGCUUAUUUCACUUAGCAAAAUAGUUUCAAGAUUCAUCUGUGUUGUAGCAGGCAUCAGAAUUUUAUUCCUUUUAAGGGUCAAAUAAUAUUUCAUUGUAUGGAUAUAUCACAUUUUAUUUAUCCAUUCAUCCACUAAUGGGUAUUAGGAUUGUUUCCACCUUUUGGCUAUUAUGAGUAAUACUGCUUGAACAUUGGCAUAUAAUUCUCUUCAAGUUCUUGCUUUCGAUUUCUUCGGGUGUAUCCUUAGCUGUGGAAUGGCUUGGACUUAUGGCAAUUAUUAUUUAAUUUUUUGAGGAACUGCCACACUUUGUUGUCUUUCUUUCUUUCUUUCUUUCUUUCUUUCUUUCUUUCUUUCUUUCU